CACUUCAACACUGGCUUCACUUUUCAGAACCGGAGGUUACCGCCUGUACAAAAUAUUUGUUUAUUGAACAAGAAUAGCCAAAGUGAUCAAAUGUUAAACACAAGCAGCCGUACAAAUACUUUGUCCCCCAAAGAGUCUAAAACAUGAUGAUCUUUGGUUAGUUUUCAACACAAAGAUAUCGAAACUUUGCACAUUGUACAAAAGCCUUUCAGUCAGCAUCAUAAAAGUCGUGCUCGAAACGUGGGACAAAAGCCAGCCCGCCCGUCCUCAGACGGCAGAUUUGAGGCGAGCCCUUUAGGUCCAGCGUUCAUGGGGAGUCCCGGGGAUCUGUCCUGGGAUUAGCAGUGGAUUAGGUGGUUUAUGUCGGAUGUUGCCGCGGUUUUGCGGAGAUUACGAGGAAUUUGAGGACUGAACGGUUUCGGACUGACAGAGAGAGGAGGGACAUCCGCUCGACGUUUUAUUUAUUAGAAAAGCUCAGUGAGAGAGUUUACAGAAGAUCUUUGUCAGAUUGAUCCUCGGGUACCAGAGAUUACUAGAUAUUGAUGUCAGAGUGAGGAGGGGUCGGACACAACCUUCUGUCCUUGAAGCCCCCUUCCCCCCUAUUUACUGACGUCAUGACAUUAAAUCAAAAAGUACAAAUCUGCAAACAAAAUCCUCAAUUUCAAUAACGUAAUCGAGCAUAAACUGUUUUUAUUAAAUCAACUUUCCUUAAUUCAUAUAACUUGUAAGUUUUGUCAACAUAAAUAAAAUGACAGAUGUUACUUUUGGACUAAAUGACGUUCUGUUUUUAAAUGUUUGGAUCGGAAACAAUCCCAAACAAACCACAUCUGGAAUCUAAUUUUACAGUUUGUAUAAUACUAAUAUUAUUAGUGUAGCCUGAUGUUGAUCUGCAGAAGAUUGGUCGUAAGAUUAAUCGACUAAUCUAAAAAUAUAGUGCAGAACAGUAUGCACGUGAAUAAGCCAUGAAGUUAGACUCGGCUGUUUAUAAAAUGUGUCAAGAGAGAAGAUCUUGGGCUUGUUAAAAUCUAAAGGGUUCAUCUUCUGGGGAGCAGGAAUGAAAUGGGGACUUUUGUUUAUUACAUUAUAAUAUUUAAGGUGUCAGUGUUGUCGUCUCUAACAGACCACACCGCUCAUGAACUUUCCCCCGUGUGCAGGUCCAGCUCUGCACAUUGCCACGGUGGACAUCAAGAACCCGGAGAUCAACAACGUUCGAUUCCACCACAACUCCCACAUCCACCAGCAGCCUCCGUACCACCUCAACAACAUGCUGAGCCACAGCGGGCUGAACAGGAAGGACAAGAAGAACAAAAGCAAGAAGAAGAAGCUGACCAAAGCCGACAUCGGCACGCCCAGCAACUUCCAGCACAUCGGUCACGUGGGCUGGGAUCCAAACACAGGUUUUGAUCUGAACAACUUGGACCCUGAACUGAAGAACCUGUUCGACAUGUGCGGAAUCUCCGAAGCUCAGCUGAAGGACCGAGAGACAUCCAAGGUCAUCUACGACUUCAUCGAGAAGAAGGGCGGCGUGGAGGCCGUGAAGAACGAGCUGAGGCGGCAGG